GUUGUGACACUUGACGUGCAUGAUCGAAUGCAACUUCUAAGUGUCGGCGGCGAUUAUUACGAAUAAUUUUGGGAAUUUUCACUGAAAUUAUGUGAAAUUACGGAAAUAAAACUCGCCUGCAUAAGUCAUAAAGCCAUUUUAUUCGUUACUCGGACUUAUAUUCGCAUUAAGUCAGCUUUUUUAGAUGGAGGACUCUGAGCUGGAUUCCUCCGAGUUGGGUACAUAUAAAUACUGGCAGGAAGCUUACAGUAAAGAAAUAAGCAAUUACGAAGACCACGGCGAUACGGGGGAUGUGUGGUUCGGUGAAGACAGCGCCUUGAGGGUUGUUACAUGGAUAGCAGCAUGCGGUUUAGCCAGAGACACGGCUAUUAUAGAUUUAGGAUGUGGAAAUGGUUACACACUGUCGGAGCUCGCGAAAGAGGGUUUUACGAAUCUACUCGGCAUAGACUACUGCCCGGAAGCUUUGACUCUGGCUGAGAAAAUUACCAAGGAAGAGUUUCCGGUGAUAAAAUAUAAGGUAUUCGACAUUAUUAACGAUGACGUCAAAGUACUCGGUAAAUUCGGGUUAGUCCAUGAUAAGGGAACAUACGACGCCAUCAGUCUGAACCCGGAGAAUCAGAGAGAAAACAGAGUGAAAUAUAUAGAAAAAGCGGCACAACUUAUACAAGAUAACGGUAUGUUCGUAAUAACUUCAUGUAACUGGACCGAGUCGGAACUAAUAAAACACUUUUCUGACAAAAUGAAAUUCAAAUGUUUGAUACCGACGCCACAGUUCAAAUUUGGCGGGAAAGUCGGCAGCGUUGUAUCAUCUGUGGUCUUUGAAAAGAUAUGAUAUAUUAAAAUAUAUAUAUUGUUUUAUUUAUAAUAUACUACAUUUUACUUCAUAAUUUUGGAUA